GAUGUACUCGGGUAAAGCAUCAUGUUUGACAGGCCCAGGGAUGUGUUUGGGUGACGUAGCAGUAAAAGUGAUUUCUGAUUAUGCAGGGUGGUUAUGGCAACAUUGACAAACUGGAUGUAUUAGGUCCGCAGUGGGUUAGGAUGAUCGACCAUGUGAGCGGGGUUUAAACACCCUGCUGCGUCUCCACGGUGCCAUUCUGGUAACAUCCUAACAGCCUUAAGUGAUCGAUCCGCUGCAACCUGUGCGCAUGGCAGGCAACGCACCGAUAUCGAGUCGAAGGCGGUGUUUUGGCUGUACGGUGACGUUUUAAGGCAGGUCCUGGUCAAACCUACCAAUGAUACAAGUCGGUCCUAUUCUGCUGGGACUGAUCGCAAUGAACGGGUGUCGGAGCUCUGCACGGCAAAGGAGCAACCACAGCGAGACGAGGCGAUCAAGGGGAUGCGGCAUCGGUACGCGGGAGCUGUCCAUCAGCACCAGAUCCCCGACGACAAGCACGGAAACAGCAAGCAGAACCGAGACCAAGUCGCUCCUGUUUUCAGCCUGCCGCCCCCGCCCUCUUCUCACCACCGAGACCGCACUUCGACCACCGCCGCGCACCGCCAGAGCCUCCAGGAGCUGCCGUGUCUGAGCCAGCCCUCUCGGAGACCCGUUCACAGCGGAGACCCUCUACCUCUGGCGAGCUACGACACCAGCCAGCGACCUUCACACCGAGCCGGUGAACCCAGCACCGGGAAGCCGGCGCACCUGCAGCAGGAUCCCUGGGCCCCGGCCGGCUCCCAGCAGCAGCCGCCGCCGCAGUCGGAGAAGCAGCCUGUUUUUCCGAGCUGCCACUGCAGUUUUUCAGAGCAGGAGGCGAGCUUUUCUCCAAACCAGCCCCAUCCUGUCGCUCCUCUCCCACCGCAGCCCUCCCCACCUUUUCCGCCGCCUAUACCGCCACCACCAACGUCGUCCUCCUCCUCUCUGCUCUUUUCCCGGGAAUCUAAAAGAGGGGAUCGUCUCCGAAGGAGUGCCAAUAAUUACCAACAGGCAAGCAUCGUGGAACGCUGCAGGGGAGGAGGAGGAGCAGGAGGGCACCGAGACCACAGGCAGUUGUUGCAGCAACAGCAGCAGCAGCAACAGCAGCACUGUCAUUUAAGACUCCAACAGAGGGACCCCUCCCCUGAAGGAAUCCGGGUAAACUCACAGAAAGGGCGCUCUUUAAAUGUAUGUGAGUCAACCGAGGCUAGGAGAGCAUUCGAGUCUCAGACUCAGGAGCUGCAGCAGCAACAGAUCCCACAAUUACGAGCGCAGCAACAGCUACUGGUGGGGAGCAGCUUGCCUAUCAACUACUGCGCCAGCGGCUCAGGAGAGCUAUGUAGGACUCACCAGGCUCCACUGCUGCAACAGCAAGAGCAGCAGCAGCAGCAGCAGCGGCAGCAAGGCGCACUGGGGCUCUGUCCCCAGCGUCCGCAGCACUGUGAACAAGACCGCAAUAAGUCUGGGAGGAUCACCGCGCAAGGCGACCACCGCGACUCCCGCGUAACCCCCCCGGUAACACAACAGGCAUACACGGGGAACUCGUCUGCGACUGGCAGCAACAGCAGCAAAGACAGCCCCAACUACGGCUCCAGCUAUCACCUGUGGCCAGAGAGCCCGCAUAAAGGAGAGGAGAGGAUACGCAUCGACCUAAAUAAGGCCACUACUGAGCAGAAGAAGCUGAGCCAUGCUGGAUCCAAGCCCUCCCUCUCCGAGAGCAGCGGCCGACUCCCUCAGAUAGCCAUGAACACCUGCAAGUUCAAUGGCGGAGUGGUGAGACCACUAGUGGGCAGCCUGGCGUCCUCGUCGCGCCGCAACCUCGCGGAGCUCGACUCGGAGACGCAACCCUUGCAGACGCUGCACAGCUCUGGCCUGGAGGUGGUGGUGUCCAAGGGCAACGGCGGUGAAGACCCCAGCAAGGCGUCCAAUGAGAGUCUGGUCAGGGAGGGCAGCGGGCGCGGUGGAGGCAGGGCUCCCCAGAAGAAGAACAGGGACAUUGGCUACAAGCUCGGCCACCGGAGGGCGCUGUUCGAGAAGCGGAAGCGGCUCAGCGAUUACGCACUCAUCUUCGGGAUGUUUGGGAUUGUCGUCAUGGUGACAGAGACGGAACUGUCAUGGGGGGUUUACACGAAGGAAUCUUCAUACUCAUUUGCACUGAAAUGCCUUAUCAGCCUUUCCACUGUUAUAUUGCUUGGUCUUAUAAUAAUGUACCAUGCCCGGGAAAUCCAGCUGUUUAUGGUCGACAAUGGUGCGGACGAUUGGAGGAUAGCCAUGACGUAUGAGCGAAUCUUCUUCAUCGUGCUGGAGCUGCUGGUGUGUGCCAUCCAUCCCAUCCCGGGCCAGUAUGUCUUCACUUGGACGGCGCGGCUGGCCUUCACCUACACGCCGUCGGUGGCCGACGCUGACGUGGACAUCAUUCUCUCUAUCCCCAUGUUCCUGAGACUCUACCUGAUUGGCAGGGUCAUGUUACUCCACAGCAAGCUGUUCACGGACGCUUCGUCUCGCAGCAUCGGCGCCCUCAACAAGAUCAACUUCAACACACGCUUUGUCAUGAAGACCCUCAUGACUAUAUGUCCAGGAACUGUUCUGCUGGUGUUCAGUAUAUCCUCCUGGAUCAUUGCUGCAUGGACUGUGCGUGUCUGUGAGAGGUAUCAUGACAAACAGGAAGUGACCAGUAACUUCCUGGGAGCUAUGUGGCUCAUCUCGAUCACCUUCCUCUCUAUUGGCUACGGUGACAUGGUACCACACACGUACUGUGGGAAAGGCGUGUGUCUGCUUACAGGGAUCAUGGGAGCUGGUUGCACUGCGCUGGUGGUUGCAGUAGUAGCCAGGAAGCUGGAGCUGACCAAGGCUGAGAAGCAUGUCCACAACUUUAUGAUGGACACACAACUCUGCAAACGAGUAAAGAACACAGCUGCCAAUGUACUCAGGGAAACAUGGCUCAUUUACAAACACACCAAGUUGGUCAAGAAGAUAGAUCACGCCAAGGUGCGGAAACACCAGCGCAAGUUUCUCCAAGCCAUUCACCAAGCUCAGAAACUGCGCAGUGUGAAGAUGGAGCAGAGAAAACUCAACGAUCAGGCCAACACCUUGGUGGACCUGGCAAAGACCCAGAAUGUGAUGUAUGACCUGGUGUCAGAGCUGCAGGAGCGCAGUGAGGAGCUGGACAAGCGUAUCGGCACAUUGGAGGACAAGCUGGACUCGGUGACGGGCAGCCUGCAGGCGCUGCCCUGCCUCAUCUCCCAAGCCAUAACCCAGCAGCAGCAGGACUUCCUGGACGGCUUUGUUCACCGCUUUCGUCCGGCUUCGCUAGCCUCCGAGCGCUCUGAACGCUCUGAGCGAUCCUGGACUUCCACCGCCCGUAGGCGGCGCUCUCCCUCCACAGCCCCACACACCUCCUCCGAUAGCGGAUAACCUUGACAAACCCUCUGCAAUCACCUUCGGGCCCCGCCUUUCCCCAAACCAAUGCGUCACCUCAUUCUGUCCCGUUCACAGCUGUCCCCGUGUCCGCUGGCGAGUCCAUGUCUGGACUAGUAAUGAACCCAUGUCUUGACCCCUGACCUGAUCCUUGCCUUUAUUCUCUCCUCCCCACUCAUCCCCUCUGCCCUUCCUCCCCACCCAACAAAAAAUCCAAAAACCAAUUCCUCUGUGACUGAGCCUCUCAGCACAGCUUGGAUUAGAGCUACUGGGAAAGAACAAAGAAAGGCAAACAAGACUUAAAUCAAGAAAAAACACAAAUGCAUCCAAAAAAGAAAAACUGAAAAAAAAAUAUUUAAAAAAUGACUGAAAAACCGAGAUAAAGUAGAGAUAUGGUUUAUGUUUUAGCCAUUGUAUGGCUGUCCAAGUUAGCUUUUUGUAAAAGCCCUUGUAUAGUUAAAAAAUGACUGAGUUCAGGGUCGCUGGGGUGAGAGCUGGCUAUCACACCGGAGAGUCCUUAACCACGAGGGGGAAGUUGGUCUGUGGAGCUGAGAGCCUCGGCUCACCUGCUGGCCCUCAGAGGCCAUGGAGGACAUCUGUCCACCCAUCCGUCCGUCUAUCUGUUGGUCCGGUGAGGAGAGCGAGACAAACCAUUGGAUUUCCCUUUCAAAAGACUAGUGUCAUGGAUUCUUUCCCAUAGAUUAGGGUGAAAGCUUUAGGAGAGGCUAUGAAAGCUCUGACUUCCGGUCAGAGUUUGAAAAUGCACUUAAAGGGGAGGGGAAACUGUCACACAAAAGAAUAGCAAAGGGGAUGCAUAUGGCAUUACUACUGGGUAGGAAAAAUUUACACAAUUGCCAACUUCAAGGUAUCGGCUUCCUUGUUCUUACCAAGGGAAAAAUGAGAGCGACUAUCUUUUUUAGUUACAUAUUGACAUGUGAUUUUUCAGUGCCUGAAUGUAUAAAUAGUAGAGGGUUAUUUAAUUACUAAUUUCAGAGCUUUUUUACGAUGUUAACAGUCUGAAUACAGCAUUGCAUUCCUUUUUCAGAUACAUUCCUCUCCAAAAAUUUAAAGAAAAUGUCUUAAUGUAAUGCAUAACAUUGCCUCCAUUACACCGCAACUCUAAAUGUUUUGAAAAGCCUUUUUUUUUUUUUCCCAAUUUCUACUAACACAGUGAGAAAUGAAACAGAUCAGAGAGUAAGCGACAGUGAGACAGACUGAGAGAAUAUCUGUGAGUGUGUUUGUCAGAGAAUGAGUUCACUUUUAGCUCAAUGCUGCACACUCAUACACACAACAAUGGAAUAUGUAGUAGUCUACCUUUCUCACCAACACUAAUUGGAGCUUCCCAUGGUCUUCAGAAAAUGGCAUGGCUCGAGGUAUGCUGUUUUACGGCCAAACAGGCACACAUCACUGGUCAAAACUGAGACACUAACCCAGCUCUUUUGCAUGGUUCUGUGCAGACAAUGACAAUGGAUCACAAGCUUCCUUGAAUGGCUUGAUUAUUUAUCAUGAUUUUGAUUUUACUAUGUUUACCUUUGUUCGUUUGUUGCAUUUUUCUUUAUUUUUUCUUACAAUUUUUUCUAAUUUCCUUUUUUUUUACUAGGAUACCUAGGGUUUUUUAGAGUCGGAGAAGCUAGAGAGUUGCAGUAAUGUGAUUCUGUAAUGCAUUCCCUGUUUAAAAUACGAGGUGAGGUAAAAUCACUACUACUAAAGAAUCCUGAGAGGAUACAAAUAAAAAGUGCUGAAGAAACUUUGACGGUUACAGAACAGUGAAUUGACCCCUCAGUAAAUAUAAAAGAACAGUUUGACAUUUUGGAAAAAGCACUUUUUUGCUUUCUUGCUGGUGUUAGAUUGUUACCAUUAUCGUGUCUGUAUUGACAUUAGCUUUAGAUUAGCUUAGCUAGCUGGUUAGAUUCAGCAAGUCAUUUACUGUCUGCAUCUGAGUAGUUUAACAGUUAGCAGUUAGCCAGGCUUAAUUUAAAUCUAUCGAAGCCUGUCUGCUAUCACUACUAGUGAUUGGUUUGGUUUUAUGAGUGACUGCAGUGACUCCUUAACCAACUGGCUAAGCUAACUGGCUUCCCGCCAUAGAUUCAUGUUUACUCUACAGACCUGAAGGUAACUGUCAGCAGGAAAGCAGAAUGUUGAGCUUUGAGCGUUGUCGGACCUCUAUUUUGUCUUUCUAGAUGACUCCAUGAUACAUGAGAGAUCGGAUAAUAUAGAAAAUAUGAAAGGCAUGGUGUAUGAUGCAUCCUAGAGUUGUGAUGACUUGCAAGGUUUUUGAUUUGAAGAUGAAUAUUUAGGAUCUUCUUGAAGCACAUGUGAAGAGCAGAAGAGAAAGUCAGCGGGUUAGCGGGCUAGCAUGCUGUAGUUUGAAUGGUAGAUAAUCCGAGUCCCACAAGGAUGUUAGUGCUAAAAAAAAUCAUCUUUAUGGCCCCUUAAGCUAACGGACAAAUAGGAUCAUUAUUAUUUCCUGGGUCUUAAUUAUUUCCAAGCUGCUUUAGGCUUAACUGGGUCUAAGUCAAACCCUGUGAGACAGUGAACGAGUCCACUCUCCCACAGGCUCUGGACUGUCCAGAGAGCACUUCAUUUAAGAACAUACUCAGUUUGCUAUGAGUGGAACUUAAUCAAGCAUGAAUAUUAGCUUUUUUCCUUUCAACUUGAGUUGAUGAAGCAUGACUCUUUACUGCCCCCACCUCUAGCCACUUCUUAUACAGUGCUACACUCCGCCCUGUUAAGUAUAAAGGGAUCCAUCGCGCCAUUACAGUCUCUGUUUCAAUCAGUGUCAUCCAGUGAGUCACGACGGCUAAUGGAAGACUAUCUGCUUGAUUAUGACCUCACCUGCCCGUCCGUAUCUAAGGUUUCCACCUGUUCAUUACUUCUGAGGUUUAGCGCCACGUUUGUCAUCUGUCAUCAUUAAGAACAUCAAUCCCCAAUACACAAAGAGGCUUCUCAAAUGGCCUGCAGCAAAGACCUUUAAGUGGUUCAAAAAAAAAGAAAGAAAAGGAAGUAGCGGAGGGAACCCCUGGUCAUGUUCCAUUUUGCACUUUGUGUGUAAUAUUCAGUUACACCAGGAAGGAUAGCAGAUGCUGCAGUGUUGUCCCCAGAGAGAGGUGACGGUGCUAGUGUUUAGGGCUUCAUCCUUCAUCAGGCAGCAGGAAAGGGAGAGCUGGCUGAAAAAAGAUGAGAGGGACAGCUCAUUUACUGAAAGGCAUCAGUUUUGGCCCGGAGGGGGGGGUUGUGAACAGCAAGAGUGGGUGUCCUGUAAAUAUGACCUCAUUGUAGAUGUCGCCAAUUAAGCAGGACAAAUGGUGAACCGCAGGAGUAAAGGUAGCUGGGUACAACGCACAGCAUGCAAUAGGGAUGUACUAGAAAAACAACAUCCAGAAAGGAUAUAUGCAGGGUUUGCAAUUCUGGCAAGCUAAAAGAUUUUAUUAAUUUCACACUUGCAGGUGGGAAUAUAAUCCAGGUUCUGUGGGGUUCAAUUUUAUUUAUUUUUUUUACACUGUUGUAAUGGUUUGUUUUCAUUGACAAAGACCUGCCAAAAUACCAUUCCAAUAUUUAAUGACCCAAUUUUCUACACUAGAAAAUGAAAAAAAAAGAAAACAGACUUCACUAGCAAGGGCCACACCAUCAAUUUGAAGCUUGAUUGUUUAUUUCAAGAGAUACAAGAGAUUAUGUUGGCGAUGACUGAGUUGAGCUGAAUUAGACCCCCUGAAGCCUCCCAUAAGAAAGAAAUGAAGAGUGGCUGUAAUGUAGGUCUUGAGAGAUGUAACGGAUGAGACGUGAAUAUACUGCAGCCCCAUGGCCUUGAUUAGGUGGCCUGAAACUUCUCAGCUGAUGGCUGCAUCAAUACGGAAGGAGCGGCCAGAGAACAUGCUAGGACUGUGGGUGCCGUCAGGACUUGCUCAAAGUUGAAGAGGAAUCGGGAUAAGAUUGCGACUUGACCAGUCUCUGUAGCGAACUAAGUGUUGGAAUGCAAAGCAUUGUGAAAUUUUUUUCUGGUUUGUAUAUGGUGUACAACAGAUUUGUAAGGGCUUAGGCAUGAAUCUAGUUUGAAGUACAUGAUGAGCAUAAACUACCCACUUGAUUGGUUUGGCUUUGUUUGAAUGAAUAGACCAGGUGGUCUUUGGAGAUGGAGGAAGGUCGAGAUAAGAUGCGCAGUUAAAAUGACGGUGUGAAUUGAACUUGACUUGUCGGUUGAAAUUGCAAUGGACUCUGCGUUGCAGAAUCAAUAAAACGAUGAUGUGUACACAGUUAAGUAUGCAAAAAGAGGCACACGGAUGAUGUUAUGAGAGUUUGAACUAAUGGCAAAAGGACAGAUGGUCUUUGGCUGAUUUUGCUGUGUGGAGCUGAUGUCCUGGAUUUCUGUUGAAUUUGAGAGGGAGAGAAAUUGCUAGUAAUGGUGGAUGAAGGAGAGGAACUAGAGGAUUGUUGCAGUUUGUCAUGUGAUCUAGCUCCAGGAGUUGAAAGAAGUUGGAAUACAUUAACUUUGUUGUCAGCACAGUGGCAGGUACUUUCUGAAGACCCGCAAUAGUCCGGUUGGAGAUUUAAUGUGGAGGAACAUCGCCAGAAGAUCUGUCGGAAGUGUAGGAGCACCCCAACUGUUUCCAGACAUGACAGCUUCUCUGGACGCUUACCUGCUUCAGGAAUCGCGCCAAGGAGAUCUGUAGCCGGGCUGAAUGUUUCUUCAUGAAGCAGUCCGUGGUUUACUAGAACUUUCAGACUGGCAGCGUGGCUAAGUGACGAAGUGUGUUGCUCUGUGCACGAGAAGCUAGAAUGAACAAGUGGAAAGGGCAGAGUGGUGUGUAUAGAUGUACGAAAGGAAGGGGAGUGAUUGAGGUGUGGUCCUGCUCCUGAACCUCAGCUAAAGAUUUUAUCUCCAUACAGUAUUUUGUAGUGAAGUGAGGGACAUUCAUGAUGUUAUUCUGAUGAUGGUAGAUGAGUCCGAGUGAUAAAUGCAUCCCAGAGUCUUUUAUUAUCCUAAGAAGUAGGCUUUCCUCAUAGAGCAGGCAUCAGAACACACUUCUGCUGAACAAUAAGAGUGAAAAACCCCCAAAACUGAAAAAAUGUAACCCAAUCAUUGUUCUGUGUACACUGCCACAUGAUGCAUAAUGUACGUAGUAGCACUGGAAUAAAUCAACUUUUAAUGGAUGGCAAAUGGGUUUAACAUGUUCUCUGUAUACUGUUCAUUGUUCCUUCACUUUGCAGGUGAACUUUUGUCCUAACAAGGAGAGACAUCAAGGUCAAACCAUUAAAGACUAUCUUCAGCUAUGA